GAGUCAAGAGCUGUGCGCGCGCCAGUUCACUAAUGAGCGAUGAGACGCGUCUCGUUACUAAACGUCACUUGACCGCGCGCGAUAUUAAAUUAGAGAGAGAGAGAGAGAGAGAGAGAGAGACCAAGCCUGUGGAGAGGCUGAAGCUCCGCUCAAAGGGCGCAAAGCGGGGGACCCGGAGUGGACACACACGAAGGCAUUUCAGUUUCAAAGCCUCCCUACGGUCUGAAUGGCGCGUCUGGAGAUGAUUUUCAUGCUGGUCUGCGCGUUUUUAGCGGCCAGGACGGACUGCAAGAAAACAUAUGCGGACAUGUUCCCCCACAGGCACAGCUCUCCGCUGCCCAUCACGAUCCCCGGUUGGGAUCCGGACACUAACCCGUGGGAUGAAGCUCUCUAUCCUCCGUUCACGCGCGAGCUCUCACACAGACGCGGUAAAGCGCCUCACGUGCGCCUCACGAGCGACAGCCCCGCCAUGAACGGCUCGUGCAUCACCUUCACCGCCCGGCUCGAGUUCCCCGCGUGCCAGAAAGAAGAUCCGAGGGGGAACCUCGUCUACGACGAGCACUGCGAGGACGGUAUGGAGGCUUCAGCCAAUGGGCAGGUGCAGACUGGAUAUGUCUUCAAUUGGACUUCCUGGUUGGAUGAUUAUGGCUUUGGAAAGUGUAUGGAUCUGAAGCGUUGUAAUGUGUUCCCUGAUGGCAAGCCAUUUCCACAACACAAUGACUGGAGGCGGAGGGGCUAUGUCUAUGUGUGGCAUACCAUAGGUCAGUAUUUUGAGACGUGUGAUGGCUCUUCCUCCAGUUUGACGCUCAAUACCACUAACUGGACAUUUGGAGCUGGCGUCAUGGAGGUCAUGGUGUACCGUAAGCGUGAGCGCAGGAAGUACAGUCCCCUCUCCACUGAUAACACUGUGUUCUUCGUCACAAAUAAGAUCCCUCUGGCUGUGAAUAUUUCGCAGAAGGAAGCGGUGAACAUCACAGAGAAGAAUGCCUUUUUUAAGGGGUUAGACAUCAUCUUUAAGGUACAGAUUCAUGACCCAAGCAACUACCUGAAGACUGCGGAUUCAGUUGAUUUUAUAUGGGACUUCCGGGAUGGCAACCAGUUGGUCACCCAUAGCAACGUGGCAACCCAUGCCUACAGUACACUCGGCAACGUCACAGUGAAGCUUCUAGUGGAGGCAGCAUUCCGCACCCCAUGUCCUCCGCCCACUCCGACGCCCAUGCACUUCACACAGCCAUAUACUACAGCAGUGGCCACGCCCCCACCACGUACUCGGUCCACCACUGCCAAACUGGAGACCACCAAGGCUCCAAUUGUUACCACUCCAUCCCUCACCACUGCCCAGCAUAUUCCAGUGACAACCAACAUCCCCUCAACUGAGCCUUUCCCUACUGAUCCUGAGGUGAACACUAGCACUAAUCCAGGGAUCAGCUCCACCAGUGCCGAGCCCACACUCCCGUCCAUGCUGCGGCAUUCACACUUCACACAAUCUGAGUGUUUCCGCUACAUGUACGGAAACUUUGAAAACGAAAUCAACAUAAUUGAACCUCAUCCUUCUCUGCGCAGCUUGCCACCAAAUCGAAUUGUAGAAGUGUCUGCUGCCAAGGUGACCAACACCACUGUGAACUUUUUAGUGACAUGUUCAGGCAGUAUCCCUACUUCAGCUUGCACCACUGUUGCUGACUCUACUUGCCGCCAGGUGAUGAGCAUCAUAUGUGAUGAUGUGCAUCCAUCUGAUGACGGUUGUCAGGUCAGCCUGAAGCGUACAUUCCAAGAGCCAGGUACCUACUGUGUCAACAUCACUUUAGGGGUGCCUGGCGGCUUGGCACUUGCUACCACCACCGUAACCAUAGGCAACAGUCCUGACAAAGACAUGACUAAGUCUCCUCGUGUGGCUGAGGUGGUGUUGUCCUCUACCACUGUGCUAGUGGCCAUCUUUGCCUUCAUCGCCUUCAUGGUGUACAAGCGCUACAAGGUUUAUCGUCCAGUGAGGCGAUCCAUGCUGGAGGACGCUGAGGGAGGCAGUGCAGUCAGCAGUCCUCUGAGCAAACUGAGGGCAGCACUGUUCCCAGCCAACGAAGAGAGAAGCCACCUGUUGACAGACAGGCGCUUGUGAGCACACUACAAUGCCUGCAAUGCACUGCGUGAAUACUUGAGAAUAUCUGUUUGUUUUCUGCUUUCAGUGAGGAAGAAGGAAAAAAGAAGAAAACAGCACCUCAGCUAUCUCUACCUAGUAAAUAUACAGAAACUUGACUAAUUAUUAUUGGAUAAAUCUGUUCAAUAUAACACAGGCUUAGUCUGCUAUAUGUUGUUUCAGCCUAGCUAAAACUACAGUGUUAAAGUUUGUAAACUUCAAUAGGGAUGAUAGUUUGAAAUAGGGAAGGACUUGCAUUUCAUGAGAUUUGUUUUUGAUGGAUCAUUUAUGGUACACUUUGAAGGGCUGGAUAAUCUAAGAUUAAUCAUUUUUCGAACUAGUUAUUUUUGUAUUUUUUCCUCAUUUAUAAAUGUUUUUGUCUGGGACUUAUACUAAAAAUAACUAUACUCAACUGAAAAUUUGAUAUGUUCAUAUUUAAGUGAAAAUUUCCCAAAGCUUCAGAAUUUUGUGAGUUUUUUUCCCCCACUAAUAAUCAGAGCCCAGUUUAAAUGUGACUAACAUUAAUAUUACUGGAAAAAUAAUUCUAAUAAAACAUCAAAACCAG